UGUAAACACAAUGCUAGAAUGCUAAAAGGGAGUUUGCACAGGAAUUAGUACAUUUGCGUUAAUCUGAUGGAGAAAUAGACCCAUAUAUGUGUUCAGUAUGAUUAUUGUGGUGAUUAAUUAAGGUCAAACUCACUUUACGUGUCCAUGGGGAAAAGAAAAGACAUGAUUCACCCCAGAUUUCUCGCUGGAAACGGGGAUGAUUAUAACCUCCACAAGAAGAAACACAAAAAGCACAAGAAACACAAGAAGAAGCACCACCGGGAUGAUGGACACAGUUUCUCCUCUGAAGCUCUGGAGUCGGACUCUGGGAUGCUGGUGCUCAAACCUCCUCAACUCAAACUCAAGAUCAAACUUGGAGGUCAAACCCUAGGCACCAAGAGUGUGCCCACGUUCACCGUGAUCCCGGACUCUCUGCGCUCGGUGCCGUCUCUGAACGUAGAGACUGAUGAUGAUGGCGAUGAUGAUGAUGACGAAGAGGACGACUCUGAUGAUGACGUGCCGUCAGAGGGAGUUCCUAUAGAGCAGUACAGAGCCUGGCUGGAUGAGGACAGUAACCUGGACCCGUGUCCCCUGCCCGACAUGGACACGGACUCGCUGCUGGGACGCCCGAUGGACGAGGAGGAGCGAUGGCUGGACGCGCUGGAGAAAGGAGAGCUGGAUGAUAAUGGAGAGCUGAAGAAAGAGAUCGAUGAGUCUCUGCUCACGGCCAGACAGAAAGCCCUCUUACACAAGCAGCAGAUCCAGCCAUUACUGGAGCUUCCCAUGGGAUACAAAGAGAAGGAGCUGACGGCCGAGAUGAUGCAGAAACGUGAGGAACGCGCCCGCAAAAGACGUCUUCAGGCGGCCAAGAAAGCAGAGGAGAACAAGAACCAGACCAUCGAGAGACUGACCAAGACCAGCAAGGCCAAGAUCAAGAGCAUGAGGGAGCGCAAGUCCAAGCAGGCCCAGGUGCCCAUGGUGAGGUACAGCAGUAAUGCUCAGGGCGCCGGCGUCUCCUAUCCCGCCGGGAUCCCCGUCCCGACUCCUUCAGCGCCACCAGCGCCGCCUCCUGUCCCGGCGAGCUGCGGGGUGUCGGGAUGCUCCAACCUGAGGAGGUACUCGUGUUCGCAGACCGGGACGCCCCUGUGCAGCCUGGAGUGCUACAGGAAAAACCUUGUCCUGCUGGAGGGAGUCGCUUGAACCAGCGCUCGUGCUUCAACACGCCAGGUCCACACAAUUAUGUUGAACUAUUGUUUGAAUAAAAUCAUGCUGAAGUUCUAUUUAUGUUGUGCAUUCAAACCCAAAUUCAAGAAACCGUAACACUUUACAGUCAAUUUGUUAACGUUAGUUACAAUGAACAACUUUUUACUGCAAUUGUUA